AUGUUGCAGCAACAAGCCCACUAUCCCCCUCCUCCAACACAUGGAGCUCCACAUUCCCCUUUCCCACCCCCUCCUCAAGCCUCACCAGGUUUCCCACCACCAAACUUCAGCUAUCCUCCUCCUCCUAGACAACAGCCUCCUUCACAGACGGAAUUUUCAACACCACCACCGCCAUCUGUAAGCCCUCCAAUAAACGAGAAGGCUCUAAUCAUUCAGAACGAUGCAACAUUUGCUCCUCCGCCCCAAUCGCCCCCGCCUACAAUGUCAAUUCGCCAUUCCAAGACAGAGUCAGCCCUAGGAGGCAUGGGCUUUAUGGGAGCCGUGUCGACCUCUGCAGACGAUGUGGGAACCUUCAAUGGCGGAAGCUACAGAAUCAGUCACCGGGACUCAAACUCCCUGCUCACCCUUCAGCUGGCUGUUGGAUGUCCGCUUCGUGUGAAACCUGGUGUUAUGAUCGCAAUGUCCCCCACUAUAUCCCUGAGAGGCUCCGUUACCUUCGGUUUGAAAAAAGUAAUUGCUGGUGGUGAAAUGACCAUGUCAACAUAUACUGGUCCUGGAGAACUGCUGGUCGCUCCUACUGUGCUCGGUGAUAUCACCGUCAUUCGAUUCAGCGAAGGCCAAGAGUGGAAAGUCGGCAGGGACGCCUUCCUCGCUGCAACAAGUGGCGUUAAACACGAAUACAAGGCCCAGGGCCUUGCUAAGGCGUUCUUCUCAGGAGAAGGUCUCUGGAUUUAUAAGUUUUACGGAACUGGCUUGCUCUGGAUGCAGAGUUUCGGAGCUAUCAUUAAGAAGGAUCUUGCCGACGGAGAAACGUACUUUAUAAACAAUGGUCAUCUCGUCGCCUGGAAUUGUGAUUACAAGCUCGAGCGUGCCGCCUCUGGAGGUAUCAUCUCCAGUCUUAGUUCAGGUGAAGGUCUGGCCUGUAAAUUCACUGGACCUGGUACUGUCUACAUGCAAACUCGCAAUGUGACUGCAUUUGCUGCACAAAUUGGAGCAGUGAAGCUUAGUUGA